UACGAUACGACAUCAGUUGACCAUUACAGAAGAUAUGCGCCGCGUUAGAAAGAAAGCUCCAUGCACGCUCUCUGAAAAUUCAGUGAUACAGGAACAACACAUGGAAGAUGAAAUUUUUGCUGGAAGUGUAUUAACUGGCUUUACAGCUGAAUUGGCAUUUUUCCAUAGUCAGCUUUGUGAUUUGAGCCACAUCAGGGUCUGCAAAGAUUAUUUAAAUGACCCUUCUCUUGAAACUUUGACUAAAACAGACGACACAAAUCUUGCUGCCCCUCAGAGUUCUUUUGAACCAAACUUAGCUUCCACGGGUGAAAAAUCUUGUGCUUCUCUUGAAACUGUGGUUGGAUUGCAUUUAAUAUCAACUGAUAAUGUAAACCAUGAUAAACAGCUUGAUAAGGAUAACAAUAUAAUAGAAACAAGUGAUUGGAGGGAGUUGUUAGACCAAAGAUCUGAUGUUAAUUUCAAUCAAGAGUUGGCGAAGCCUACUGAUGAUGUGAGCACUGAUGCUGAUGUAGGAACAAGUCCCAUUAAUGAUGUUUCUGGUAAUUCUUCUUUUAUUCCUGAAGUUGAGAAAUUAGAUCCUACUGGACAUAAAACUGGUGAUAUGCUUCAAACUGGCUCGUUUGAUGACUUUGAUGAGAGAAAUUCUCAUGUGAAUAUGGAUCCAUCUUGUACCCUCUUGGAUGGUGCUGAUAUUUAUGAUGGACAGAGAAUUGCCAGAAAAGAAGUGGCAGAGAAGGAUAAUGGUUUUAGUGUAGAGUUGGGCAAGAGAAUGCUUGCUAUACACAUGUUUUACAUAACGGAGAAUUACAUUACAUCAAUU